AUUUUUUUAAAACUAAGGAGGAAAAACUGUUUAUAAAAAUACCCGUGUACGUGUGGACUAGGCCUUAAACAGUUCAAAAGGCUUUGUGUUUCACAGAGGAAAGGUGAUAGUUUAGGAGAUGAUUUAGAAAAUUUACAUUUGUGUGAGAAAUUGUCAAGGAUUUGGAAACGGUAAGAUGAACUCAUCAGGAAUGUGGUAAAGAUGAGUGAGCGGUCAUGAUUUGUGACCCCUUUGGCCUUCCACAUGAAACAAGGCGGUUUAAAACAGACGAACAGACCGAUCACUGAAUCGUGACGUGAUUUUUUCUUAGCGAGUGGAAAGUUUUGUUUCUCAGGAAGCAGUAACGGGAACACCUUCAGGGAAACACACCCAGAGGAAGAAAAACUUCUACUUUAAUAGAUCAUGACCUUGUUCUUUAAGUCGGUGCGAUAAGGAAAGGCUCGCGCUGGAACACGGAGAAGUCAGGAGGAAUGCUGAGUGGCUUUUUCAGACGCUUUCCCAGACCGGCUCAGAACUGUGCUCAUGGCCAGGGUGCUGAGAGCUCAGACAUCACAGAGACGAAAACCAGAGCAGAUGAAACCCAUGUUCCUCCACGACCCAGUGAGAAGGAGAUCAGAGACUCCAUCACACACCGUCUGAAUCCAAAUGAUGGGGCUCAUAAUCAGGACCGUCUGUCAGUUGAUGGAGAGUCACACAGCAGCAGUGCUGACCUUCCUGGUGCUGGGAGCUCAGACAUCACAGAGAAGAAAACCAGAGCAGAUGAAACCCCUCAUGUUCCUCCACGACCCAGUGAGAAGGAGAUCAGAGACUCCAUCACACACCGUCUGAAUCCAAAUGAUGGGGCUCAUAAUCAGGACUCUGUUGUGUCGGUCAACAAUCAGCAGGUCAAAGGAGGUGAAGAAGGAUGUCAGGACGACAGUGACGAGUGUGUGAACGACGCCACUGCCCCAGCUAAGAAAGAGAAAAUACUGCCAAAGAAAAAGAAAGUAAAGAAAAAGAAGAAUCCCUUCAUGCCUCAUGUGACAGUCCAGAGUAAAAUAAACCAGAAGAGAAGCGAAGAAGGUGGCAAUGACAUUUCAGAGAAGAAAACCCUCAUGGAACAGCUGAAUGAGUUUCGUCUGGAUCAAGUUCACAGCGAAGAUGAGGAGCAUCUUGACAGCCUCAUGGAGUGGUGGAGCACGGUCAAACAAUGGGAGCCGAUGUCCACAGAUGAAGAUAUGACGGAAAAGGAGGAGGCUAGGGCAUUUGCGUUAACAGCUGAAAAAGUGCAGCGAGGAAUUCGUGUGUUUAAUCAGCUGUUUUCAGAGCGAGCAGAAGCUCUUUGGCAGCACAUCAUCGACCUCAACCACAUUGCAGACGGUCUGGACCGCUUCAACAAAAGGACCAAAGUGGCCCAAAUCACCGGCGGCUCCACCAGCGCAGUUGGGGGUGUGGCCACUAUAACAGGCCUCGCCCUAGCACCUGUUACUAUGGGGACAUCCUUGAUUAUCACAGCAGUGGGACUGGGCGUGGCCGCAGCGGGCGGGUUAACAUCAGCCUCGGCCAGUAUCUCCAACACCGUCCAUGGCUCGUUUGACCGUAAAAAAGUGGAGCGCAUCUUGAAAGACUUCCAGAGCAAGAUGGCAGACAUCGACAAAUGCACGAAAUUCAUCAAACGAGGCAUCGAAAACCUGCGAGAGUUAAAUGCUCCCAAGGUGAAAAAGCUAAAGGUGUACGAUAACGAUUUCUCUGGAAUCAACGAUAUCUACGAGGAUGGCGUCAUGGCAGGCAAAGCAGUGCUUAUCAAUGCCAAUGAGAUCACCAGGUUCACACAGAUCACCAUGGCAACAGGUGGCACAGCAGCCAGAGCAGUGCAGGUUGCAGCCAUGGCAACGGGCAUCCUCACCGGUCUCUUUGUUGCCAUGGAUGUUUACUUUGUGGCAAAGGAUUCUCACGAACUUAAGAAAGGAGCCAAGUCAGAAUUUGCCAAAAAGAUCAGGGAGGUGGCAGAGCAGCUGCAUCAAGGACUGGUGGAGCUCAAUAUCAUCCGAGAGGAGCUGCAGUGUUCAGAACACUCGACCUUCUCCAACACCUCCACAAUCUCUAUGUCCAGACCUUCAUCCUCCAUUUCCACUUCAGACUCCUCGGAUGCCACCUGUGUGACCUCCUCUUCAUCCACCUCUGGCAUCUCUAGCUCCUGUAGCACCUCCUCCACUUUUCCCAGCCCCUCUGUUUCCUCUUCUCUUUCACACAGAACCUCAGCCUCAGUCCUGACACUGUCACACAGCUGAUAUUUUCACAGUAACUCAUGGUUGCACAGGAGAGCACCUGACAAAGAAAAACAAAACAGAGAGUUUAAUCACUGUAUAAUCAUCCCCACUGAGAUCAUAUGACACGUCCCGCUGCCUUGGUCUGCUCUGGUUUUUACUGUAGGUAACCUGACGACCUGACGAACCUGAAGACUGUUAUUGUCUUUAAAACCGUAGAAAAAAUCAAAACUGCCAAAAUGAAUAAUUUAUUCAGUCUACACAGUGUGGUCUAAAAGCUUGCCUUAUUUCUUUCUUUAAAAAAAAUAUUUUAACAGAUUUUAUCAGCCAGAUUUAAGGACUCAAGCUAGCAUGGACUCACAGCUCCACAAGUCUGUAAAACCUGACCAACCGUGUUAGAUACAAAUCAAGGAAAUUAUGAUCUUUUUUUUACAAGGACUUGAUCAGUAUCACUCAACUAAAUUUAUGAACACAGUAGAAUCUUAAAUAAUGAACAUUAAAGAUAUUAUACAUUUAAUAUCAUACUUAUUUCUAGUUUUAAAGAAGUUUAGUUCUCAAAGAUUUUCCGUGUGGUCUCUUUUGGGCCAUAAUCAUUUUUUUCCUCAAUUUUAAGUGUAGGAACGAAUGAAUUGCACAGUUAAAUUCUUAAACUGUAAUUGCUUUAUUGUUCAAAAAAAUCAACUGCCUUUGCUUCUAAUUUGUGUUUGUUUAUUCUGGUGAGCAACAUAUCAGAUGAACGUGGCUUGCUAAGUUAAGUUGUCUAUUUGUCACAUAUACAUUACUGCACAGUGAAAUUCUUUCUUCGAAUAUCCCAUCCUUGGGGGUUGGGGUCAGGGUCAGCCAUGAUACAGUGCCCCUGGAGCAGGGUGGGUUGGGGGCCUUGCUCAAGGGCCCAACAGCGACAGCUUGAACCCCCGAUCUUCUGGUCAACAACCUAGAGCCUUAACCACUUGAGCUACCACUGCCCCUAACACACCACUUCUGUUUACAGACACCAGUAUAAGCUAACAAAUCAUCACCAGGGAAGGCUACAGAUACGAAACAACAGAGUUAAUGAAAAUACACUUUUAAGUAAAACAAUCCACCUCAAAAGGCACAACCUUUUACCGUCUGAAAACUCGAUGGUGUAUUUUAUAAAAAGUGAAAGCAUCACGUGGGUCAAUGCUGAAAUAAAGUUGUGGGGGAAAAAGAAAACGCUUGUUUGCAUUAGAGUAUGCUGUAUUUUUAAAAGAAAGUUACUCAAAAACAUUUCUAAACAUUUCUCUAAAUUCAAAACAUUUCUAAUAACUAAUAAUUCAUCAGAAUGAUAUGAUUUGCACAUUCUGUUCCAAAACACCAAUCGUUAUGCAAGUUAGAGAUUUAUAGAUAUUAGUCUGCAUUGGAAUUUUACAGCUUGGUAUCUUUUGAAAUAUUUCAGAGUCUGUCUGGAUUUACGUCAAAAUUUUACGUUAGCUUUCGUUUCAUAAUCAGGUCAGACAAAACAGACGACUUUGCCAGAUUUUCUGAGGCUUGUAUUUUUCUACUCUCACAAUGUGCUCUUAAAGGGGGAGCUUCUAUGUCUUUACUCAAAUGAUGCGGCGCAUCCCUUUCAGAAGUUUGUAUCCAUGUUCAUUUCAUUUUAAUUCUCUUUCUUUGUUAUGACUUUCAGUACCUUUCAGUAUCUUAUCACCAUCUUUCUGCUAGUUUCAUUUAAAUAGUGUUUUGUUUUGUGGUGACAUGUCGAAACAUCUGAGUGAAGAAUGUAAGUUUCAUGUUAGUCAUAGAAGAGUGAUUUUAUGCUUUACGAAGAGAUAAAGAGUUCAGGAUGACAUUCCAAACAACAUUAAAUGUGGGUGUCAAAUGUGGAUUUGAUUAUAUAUCGUAUAAUCAUCUCUUUGUUUUUUAAGUUUAUUCCAUUUGUAAGAUUCAACACUAUUAAGUCAGUCCUGUGUAAAACAAACGAUAAAAAGGCUGGAAUUCACGUGAUUUUUUUUCUCGUUUCUCAAGAGCACUAUAUACAACGUCACAGGUGUUGUAUCAGAUACCCCAAGUCUUGUUCAGUGUAUCUUCAACACCAGCACCAGUUUGAAUAUCACUAGCCUCAGAAGUUCUGGCAUUUUCUACAGCAUCACCCUCAUGAACGGAACCACCAACGG